AUGUCUGAUUCGAUCCCCAACGCCUCCGUCGCUGUGGCCUCGUCGAAUCACUCCAAGGAUUUCUCAAAGAAGAAGAGGGCAAACCGCUCAGCAAAGCUGAAGCAGAGCAAGCUCGAUGUCCGCCGUGAGCAAUGGCUUUCUCAAGUGAAUAAAAAGGGUGGGUGCAAGGUGGGAACGGCCAAUGGCUGUGCUCCUCACGAAGGGCCACCAGUCCAUUUGCGGAGCACGAAGGGCGGACCUGUAGAGAAACUCGAUAUAGAAACGUGUAACGAGGAAAUCUACGAACCAUCAAUUCAUCACUACAGUGACUCUGAAUCCCUGCCUUCCAACAGCCCCACUAGCCACACAAGUAGUGUACUGUGCAGGAAUGAAUCUGGGGUCAAUUUCACCGCCAGUAGCAGAAGCAGCAGCAGCAGCAGCGGCCGGAGCAGUAGCAGCAGUGGCCGGAGCUACAGUGACGAUGAAGAUGGCCGGGAUGCUGGUGGUGUAGAUGAUGAUGGUGAUGAUGAUUGCCUGGAUGAUUGGGAAGCCGUGGCUGAUGCAUUGGAGGCGAAAGAUGAAAAACAUCAAGGUUUACCCUCACCAAAGCAUGAAACUGCUAUGGGGGUCGAUAAUUUAAGCGGAAACUCAGAGAGUGGAGGGGAAAAGGGUAUUUUGGUCAAUUGCUGUGCGUGGCGGCCAGACGAUACUUGCCGCCCUCAGAACUUGCCUAAUCUUUCAAAGCAGUAUAGCUUACCCCUGAAUUCAGAGCGGCACUUUGGACGGGGUUCGGUUUGGGGAUGCAAGAAUGUUGGGCCGGAUCCCACUUCAUGCCCAAUAUGCUUUGAGGAUUUCGACUGUACAGAUUCGAGUUUUCUCCCAUGUACCUGUGGGUUUAGGCUAUGUUUGUUCUGUCACAAGAGGAUUCUUGAGGAGGAUGGCCGUUGCCCCGGGUGCAGGAAGAAGUACGAGUGUAAACCUGCCCAGGGAGAAGCAACACUGGAUGGAGGCAGCUUGAUUUUUCGGUUGGCUCGUUCUUGUAGCAUGAUCACGCGGUCUUAA